AUGGCGGCAAACACCCCUCACUUUGGCUUUGGCGGGCAAGAGCCUGCUGUGCCUCUGGACUCUGGACCAUCUACAGUGGAGUUUCUUCCAUCUGCAAACACGCACGCCCUUGCAUCCAUCUCACGCCCCCAAAACUUUCGUGUAUCGAUGGCCAGCUUUUUUUUUUCUUUUUACCUUUUCCGUCAACGCCUCGCCAAGCUUCGAAUUUCUAGUUAUCCACUGACGGCCAUAAACGAAGUGUUGGCGCCUCAUGGAACGAAAAAAAAAAAGAGGCAAGCCGAAACGAAACAUCGAGAGAGAAAGAUUAUUCUUAGCAUCAUCUAA